AUGAGCGAGCGCAUGACUGAAGGCUACUGGAGCCAGAAACAGACGGGUCGGAAUUUCAACUCUUUCAUAUUGGACGACAUGGAGGCCCCGGAGCAGUUGUACUCGCUCGUGCUCGAAUUGUCGUCGCCCGAGCAGCGCGAGAGCGCCCUUCUAGAGCUCAGCAAGAAGCGCGAGGAGUUCCCCGAGCUUGCGCCCAUACUCUGGCACUCGUUCGGCACGGUGGCGGCGCUGCUACAGGAGAUCGUGGCCAUAUAUCCGCUGCUGUCGCCCCCGCAGCUCACGGCCCACGCCUCGAACCGAGUUUGCAACGCGCUAGCGCUGUUGCAGUGCGUGGCGUCGCAUUCCGAAACUCGCACCCACUUUCUUAAUGCACACAUUCCGUUGUAUCUGUACCCAUUUCUGAACACGGUGAGCAAAAAUCGCCCAUUCGAGUACCUGCGACUGACGAGUCUCGGCGUCAUUGGCGCGCUGGUCAAGAUUGAUGAUUCGGAUGUGAUCAACUUCUUGUUGCAAACGGAGAUCAUCCCGCUCUGCCUCCGCAUCAUGGAAGCUGGCAGUGAACUGAGCAAGACAGUGGCCACGUUCAUCGUGCAAAAGAUCCUUCUUGACGACAUGGGACUCACCUACAUUUGCCACACGCCGGAGCGGUUCUACGCCGUGGGAACAGUGCUGAGCAAGAUGGUAGCGACUCUGGUGGAGGUGCCAGCGCCGCGUCUGCUCAAACACAUCAUACGCUGCUACUUGCGUCUCUCGGACAACCCUCGUGCUAAGGAGGCUCUACGCCAGUGUCUACCAGAGGCACUGCGUAACCACACGUUCGAUGAAGCUCUUAAGGAUGACGCUACCACUAGCCGCUGGCUGGCACAGUUGCUGUAUAACAUCAGUACGGACGCUAGCGUCGGUGCUGGAGCGAUUCAAGGUGCACGUCUAUCGAGCUAG